AUGUUUCUGUCUCUGCCUCCUCUGACUGUGCUUAUUCCACUGAGCUCCUUAGCAGGUCUGUUCUCAGCCUCUAUGCAGGAAGACUUUCCCACAGGGCUGCACAGUACAGCCAGCCUUUGCUUUUACAGUCUGCUCUUGCCCAUCACCAUUCCAGAGUAUGUGUUCUUCUACCUCUGGACCUGGAUGGGUAUUAAGCUCUUCAGGCAUAAUUAA